UAUGAAUAAGCCAAUAAAAAAGAAUAUCCGUCUGGCUGAAACAGAUUGUAAAACCCUCCCUCUUUGAUCAUUUGACAGUUCUCACAACGUUCUCAUUUCAAACUUGACUGCUUCCACAAAUAAACGCCACAUCCACACCAUCUCGCGAUCAGCGAUAAUGUCUAUAACUUUAUCGAUAGCUAUUUAUCACUUUCUAUACUCUUUCUAGCGUAUAAGGAAACCGAGGGGAACGCGCACCUUCUAUUUUAGGCGUCACAAUUUCAGUUUCAGUCCCGCGAGUUGUGGCGCGGACGCCAUAGUCCGAGCGAAUUAAAAAAAAAUACCAACCGCUCAUAAUUAAAACGUUCCAUUUCUGAAAAUGACCGUUGACGCUGGGAAAACCGUUUCUGGGAUCAAUAUAAAAAGCUCCCAGAACCGACUGCUGAUCAAGAAUGGGCGUGUCGUCAACGAUGACGGAAUGGAAGACGCUGAUGUCUACAUCGAGGAUGGCGUCAUCAAACAAGUGGGCCGCAACCUCAUCAUCCCGGGCGGCACGCGCACCAUCGACGCGACGGGAAAGCUCGUGAUGCCCGGGGGCAUCGACCCGCACACGCACUUCGAGCUCGAGAUGAUGGGCGCCAAGACGGCCGACGACUUCUACAAGGGCACCCGCGCCGCCGUCGCGGGAGGCACCACGACUGUCAUCGACUUUGUCCUGCCUGAAAAGGGCCAAUCACUGGUCGAGGCGUACAACAAUUGGCGGCAGAAGGCCGACGGCAAGGUGUGCUGCGACUACGGCCUCCACGUCGGCGUGACCUGGUGGUCUCCCUCCGUCCGCAAAGAAAUGGAGAAGCUGGUCUCCGAGGACUUCGGCGUCAACUCCUUCAAGAUGUUCAUGGCGUACAAGGACGCCUGGAUGCUGGACGACUAUAAUCUCAUGUGCGCUGUUGAGGCGUGUGCUGAACUCAAGGCUUUGCCCCAGGUGCACGCAGAGAAUGGACACAUCAUAGCUCGCAACACGGAGAAGCUUCUAGCGGCCGGCGUCACCGGCCCAGAGGGGCACGAGCGAUCCAGAGAUGAAGAGGUGGAAGGGGAGGCGGUCAAUCGCGCCUGCGUUAUCGCCAACCAGGCCAACUCGCCGCUAUACAUCGUGCACAUGAUGUCUAAAAGCGCUGUAAGAGCGCUACAGCAGGCCCGCGCUCGCCAGCGCCAGCCUUUGUACGGAGAGACCCUGGCGGCCACCGUCGGCACUGACGGAUCGCACUACCGCAACGCGUGCUUCCGGCACGCCGCCGCGCACGUGCUGUCCCCCCCGCUGCGCGCCGACCCCUCCACCCCGCAGGCCAUCGUGGAGGCCCUCGCCGAUGACCACCUCCAGCUGAUCGGCAGCGAUAACUGCACCUUCCACGACAAGGACAAGGAGUUGGGCAAGGGCAACUUCGCCAAGAUCCCCAACGGGGUCAAUGGGGUCGAGGACCGCAUGGCCAUACUGUGGCAGAAGGCUGUCAAUACUGGCAUAAUGGACCCGUGCCGCUUCGUAGCCGUAACCAGUUCCACGGCGGCCAAAAUCUUCAACUUGUGGCCGGCCAAGGGCCGAGUGGCCGUGAAUAGUGACGCGGACGUUGUCGUGUGGGACCCGCGUCUCGAGAGGACUAUUACAGCCGCGGCGCACAAACAUGCCAUCGACUUUAAUAUAUUCGAGGGCCAGCACGUGGUGGGCAGCCCGCAGUACGUGAUCGUGAACGGGCGAGUGUGUUUGGACGACGGCCAGCUCAGGGUCGUUGAAGGUCACGGCAAGUUCUUGAAGACCCUCGUGAACUCCCCGUACGUGUACGGCGGGGAAGAAGAAGUCGACUCCGCGCCCGCGCAGCCGCUGCACAUCGACGUGGCUCCUAGACACGUCAACGUCACCAACGGGACACCCACACCCGAGGCACUGAACAAGCAUUUGGAGGGGUUGUCGGUGACGUCAUCCGGCUGCAGCACGCCGACCGGACGAAAGAUGCGCGAGACCGGACAGAGGAAUCUGCAGAGCUCCUCCUUCUCCAUAAGCAAGGAGGUCGAAGGGCUGGACACGAAGACUUCAGUCCGCGUGCGGAACCCUCCCGGCGGCAAGUCCUCGGGACUGUGGUAGAGGACCAUAGGGUCCACGGGUCAAACACAUGGGUAACUCAAGGAAGCUUGUGGAAAAACUUCGUUAACACUUUUAUUGCUUGAGAAAGGGUUAAAAUUCGUAUGGGUCUCAACGGUAGCAUGAUUGAUGCAAAUUCAUGCUGGAGAGUAAUUUGAAAUUACUAAUAUCUGGUUGUGAAAUAUAUAAUGUAGUUUAACUUUUACUAGCAUCAGCGUUGUGAGUUAUUAUUCGAAACAAGAAAUAUCUGUGUAUGACCGACCAAAUGAUUUUGAUUUGAUUAAUUUUGAACAAAAUGUAAAAUUACUUUCAAAACAUUGUUACCAUCAAACCUAGGAACAUCGAAUAGAUUAAACAAUACUGUUAUUGAGUUUUUCCACAAGCUAUGCAAGUACCCUCAGUGUAUAUUUCUCUAUUUCUAUUUUUGUGAAUAAUUGCAUAAACAAAUGGAAAACUUGUAGUACUGUACUUGAGCUCUGUGUAGGUAUCAUAUGAGAUCAAAUACACACUCGAAAUCUCUUCAUACACUUAUACAAAUUGUGUAUAAAUAUGAAACUGAUACUACCUAUAAAUCAAUGAUAAGGGCGGUAUUCCCACCUAUCCAAUUUAUUUGUCCAAUGUGUAUUGCGUCUCACAUUUUGCACAGCACAGUGAGACGCAAUGACAUUGGACAAAAGAAUUGGACAGAUUGUAUACCGCCCUAAGAGAGACUGAGAUAGGAAUAGAGAAGUGAACACUGCACUUAAGAACCAAUCUCGAUGUAAGUCACAACCCAAAGCUUAGUAAGGAUGGAUGUUAGGCUAGCGGUAGUUAAGUGUAGCAUGACAGAUGUUUAACGCAAUAUUUAUACGUUUAUACAUAGCUUGUAAUGGAUGUCAUAGCUUUA